ACGCCUGCAACGUUCCCAAGGUCUUCACGUUGUUGUACGGCGAGAGAGCGUCGACGCUCACGGACGCCCUCGGGCGACUCGGUCUGUCCCGCGUACAAGUGGACGCCUGCGCCAUGCUGCGCGACCUCACGGACCUGUUCGUCGUCGUGCCCCGCAGCUUCCCCUUGAAGGCAUCCGAAGACCUGUCGAAGUUGGCCACCGGCGCCUGUUACGACAACUUCCGGAGCGUCCUGACGUCCCUGAUUGGGCGCGAAUGCCGCAGUGACGUCUUCUCCAUCUCCUGGUACAGACACGGCUGCUUCGGGAGCAUGCUCUUCGAGAGGACGGCUUUCCGUGAGCUGUACGACGUGUUGGGACCUCACUGCGCCGCCAUGCUUCUGCUGCAUUACUACAUCUUUGAACGCACCGACUGGGACACGUACGUCCAGUGGAUCGGGCCUCCAGCGUCCGGAGUAAAGCUCGCCGCCUUGCCGAGCAGUAAACGUUCCGAAGCUGACAGCCUGGCGGCGCGCUCGGCUCCCCGAACAGCGACGCCUGGUGCAUGCAACGUUGGGCAUCGCGCGACCACGGACAGCCGAUCGGACUGUGCAACUUCCGUUACAUCGGCUUCUUCGUUCGCCGAGCACCAGGCGGGUGGUAAUGAAAGCGGCGCAGGCCGGAAACGACCCGCGGGUGUUUCCUUUUCCCGUGUGAGGGCGCUCAAGGCGAAAAAGCCGAGACUCCGAGAUCGGAAGAAAGCUGGAGCGCGGGGAGGCCGGGCAAGACAAGACGAAGCGUACCGGUUUCACGCGUGGACGAUGCUAUACGUGUCCGACUGCAGGAGGGUGGAGAGACGCUUCAUGCUCGGAUGCCCCGCGAACUUGGACAACGCCAAGAAGCUGGCUGACAAGGUCUUCGCCCCGUGGCCAGACUGUCCCGAGGAGGUUCGUAGCCACCCAUGCUUGGUGCGCGCCCUGAGACAGCUCUUGAAGAAUCACAAGUCCUGCAGGUACGGCAGGCUUCUCGCGGAGUGCUGCCCGUCGCAAGUCGGUAGCGAAGGCAGUGACGAUAGCUGCGAAGAUGACAUCGACGUUGAUGAUGAAGAACUCCUGUUGCUGUCUUCCCUCUCCGAUCUCGUGAAAGACCACGUUCCAGCGAGAUCGGUUUCGGGGUUUCUGCACGCGGCCCUGAGGAAGUUGAUUCCGGUCGAACUGUUCGGUUCGAAAACAAACUGGAGGAGGGUCGUCGAUCGGGCCGCUUCAGUGGCCCGAAUGAACAAGGGCGAGGUUCUCAACACAGCCGCGUUCGCGGCCGAGCUGCGUGCCGAUCACGUGCCGUGGCUUCAGCGAAUGGCGUGCGUGAAAGGAAACAAGAGACUUCCGUGGCUGCGCGCGGUAAUCACGUGGUGCACGAGGCUUGCGGCGGCCGUCGUGUCCGUCUUCUUCUACGUCACGGACUCGCGCAAGGGCAAACGACAGCUCCUCUUCUACAGGAGGCGCGUCUGGAACGCCAUAGUUGAGGUUUGGGCAUCUGGCGAAGACAUCCUGGAGUAUGCCGACGCCUCCAGUGGGCCUCCGAGAAUGAAGGGCGUCGGCCGUCUGCUUCCCAAGGAGGAAGCAAGAGGCUUGAGGCUUUUGGUCACCGCGCCCGUCGCCAAGAACUUGGAGGUGAGGUUUCGCACCUUGAAGGUGUUCCUCGACUCUCUCAAGGGUAGCGGCGGCGGCGCGGACGACAUUUACCGCCGUUGGAAGGCCUUUGUCGCCGACUGGAAGUCACGGGGAAAGCCCAAGCUCUUUUUCGUCAAAGCGGACAUCGAGAACUGUUUCCACAGCGUCGACCACGAGGUGAUGCUACGAGUGGUGGGCCGGGCGUUCGAGCGGACUGAGCGGGACGCCCGGAUCGUGGCCUGCACGGUGGUCAAGCUCAACGCCUACGGCCGCGUGAUAAAGCACUGGAGGCAACUGUUCGCGAAAGACGUCGCGAACAUGGCACACGCCCCGGAGAGCUCGUCGCCUGCGCGGCCCCGCGUCUCCAGCAAGGCCAAGAUUCUCGUGGCGAAGACGUGCCUUUUGCCCAACUCCAAAGAGCUGAAGCAGCUGCUACGGGACUACCUGACUAAGUUUCAUUUCCGGCUACACGGCAAGACCUACAGCCUGAGGAAAGGCGUGCUGCAGGGCGGUCACCUGUCCGCAGACCUUGCGGACGUCUACAUCACAGCUAUGCAGAGGCAACACCUGCGGGAUUUCGGCAACUCCAGUGGAGAGCUCUUAAUCCGUGCCACUGACGACUUCCUCUACGUCACUUCUGACGAGGAACGCGCCCGCCGCUUCCGGGACACGUUCUCUCAGGGCUUUUCGGACUUCGGUCUCUUCGCGAACACUUCCAAGGUGCAGACGAACCUCGUCGACGAUGAGGAUGGGGGCUACGCUUGCAUGCCGACUCCUUUUAGGGACAGAGCCGAUUUCUGCGGGUACGUCUUCGACGUGUCGACGAUGGAAGUGUUCCGGGAUCCCGUCUCGUCGGUUCCGGUCGAGUCGGUGGUGGACAAGCCCGAGCGGAGACCGGGAGAAGCCCUGAAGAAGUACCUGCAGCCCUGGCACCUCCCCGUGUGUCCCUUGGCGUUGGAUCCUCUGAUCAACUCGCGGGAGUGCGUGCUGGCAGGCGUCCUGGACUUGUUCGUCGCGCUGGCUCACCGAUUCUUUUGGUCGGUCAACUCCAUGCGCUACGUGGACGAAGGCUACGUGACGGAGGUCGUUCUUGGAAUACUGGAUAGUUUUCUGGUCAGGGCGCUUCGGUGGUCGUCGGGCGAAGGCGUGGAGAUUUCCCUCAGCGACGAAGAGUUGCGAUACCUCUUCCUUUUGGUGUUCGCGAGGAAGGCAGACCGCAAAGCCAGCGGGGUAGGGAAGCAUCUCCAUGAAGUCGUCCAGCGUGUUGGCCAGAAACUGGCGCUGAUCGGUGACCUGGAACACUUGAAUGAAUGUGUGGACUUGGCUUUAAGUUGAUUGCACUUUGUAUCUUAUCUGUGCAGAGGCAGUCGUAGUCUCUAAGGCUUUUAAUACUAAGGAGAAGGUGUACACGUAAUGAGCGACCGACGUUAAGACGCUGAGUUGUGGCUACGUUUACUGCAACGUAAACUGAUUAAGCGAAUUUAAAAUUUUAGAAUCAGUUAUGUGAAACUUGACGUCUAAUGCGAAAGCUGCGAACAUGAAUUCCGCUGUGGUCUCUGUGCAAUCGAUUUCGUGAAGCCACUGUUGCAUU